AAUUCAGCUCCGGUUAUCAGAGAGAGAAGACAAGAAUUCGCUAAGAAUCAUAUGCAUCCAAAGGGUUGCUGACGCUCUCUGACUCGAGCUUCUUACGACAGAACACGGUCGCUUCGUGCAUUACGCGCGCCCAAAGCAAAGCCAAAAGAAAGAGAAAGAGAGCUAAUCCCAGCAUGUCCGCGACGUCGCCGCAAGACGUCACGGGUGGUGGUGGUGGCGUCGCGUCCCCCACCCCGGAGUCUUCCCCGCGCAAUGCAGCGCAGGAGCAGGUCACUCCUCCGGAUGUAAGCACGGAAGAGACAGCGUCAAGGAAAGAGGAAGAGCAGGCGGGACAAACACAGCGGCAAGAGGAGGAUGUAUCCGGUCAAGAGGCGGAAGAAGGGGAGGUAGAGGGGGAGUUGCGCCACGAGCAGGACAGCUCGGAGAAAGAAGAAGGGGAGGAAAAAGAAGAAGCAGCAGCAGAAGACCAACAAGACACAUCAGCUUCGGCGCCACCGUUACCAGACGAAGUGCCCCCACCGCUCCCCAACGAAGUGCCACCGGGCGACGACGAUGGAUGGGAACCCGUCUGGGAUGCCAACGCCCAAGCCUACUACUUCUAUAACCGCCUCACCGGGGUAUCGCAGUGGGAGAAUCCACGGGUACCAGAUGCCGCCGCCGGCGCCGUUCCCCAUGACGACAAUGGCGACGACGGCGACGACGGCGACGAAGACGGCAGUAUCCAGGAAAAGCGCGCACGCGUCCUGGGUGGCUACAACCCCGCCAUCCACGGCGACUACGACCCGACGGCGCCGUACGCGCAGCAGUACGAGCGACAGGAGGAGGCGGCCGUCGCCGGCAUGGACCCGAACCAGGCGUACGAGGCGGUGGGCGCCUUCAACCGGUUCACGGGCCGGUGGCAGGCGGCCUCGCAGAACCCGGAGUAUCACAAUGACGAGAACAAGUCCAAACGGCAGAUGUAUGCGUUCUUCGACGUGGACGCGGCGGCCAACAGCCAUGAUGGCCGCAGUCUGCGGGCGGAACGCAGCGCCAAGAAGCUUACCAAGGCGGAACUCAAGAUGUUCAAGGAGAAGAGACGGGAGAAGAAGGAGGAAAAGCGCCGCGCAUGGUUGAGGGAUUGAGGACCCUUUUCAAAAGCCGGCUUCGAGUCGCGGUUCUUUCUUUGUUGUUAUUGUGUUGUGUGCUGAGAUACCUUUUCCCCGUUCUUUGACCUUUUCUUGUUGCUCGUUUCGUUUUUGUGUAUCUUUUAUGGUGGCUAGCUUACACUGGCGUUCUAUGUACUUCACAAGAUGCAUAAUAGAGC